GUGGACUAUAAAGAUUUCCCCAAAAACAACAAAAACGAGUUUGUAUCCCUAAUAAACUGUUCUUCUAUGCCACCACUAAUAAGCCAUGGCAUUGGAAAAGAUGUAGACUCCUGUCAUGAUAUGGCUGCCUUGAACAUUCUAAAGCUGCUGUCUGAGCUUGAUCAACAAAAUACAGAGAUGCCAAGAACAGGAAAUGGUCCAAUGUCAGUAUGUAUGAAACCAGAAAUGGAAAGUGACCCUCUACAUAAACAGGCUAACUCAAACACUUUGGGACAAACACUGGACAGUACAGCCUGAAAGUCUUCAGCUGGGCUUAAACUUAAAAGCACCAGAGAAAAUCAAACAAUUCCUCCCCUGUGUGUUUUAGAAAGCUACAGCUCUCGUCUUCUUAUACAUAACCUACUGAUAAACUGUCAUCAAAAAAGUUUCUUAAUUGGGUUAAUUACAUUAACAAUGCACAAUAUGAAAACUUUUUCAAAAACAUUUCAUAAAAAUAAAAGAUCAUAUCCUUGUAUGCAGUUAAAUAUUCCCCACCCCCUUUCCUUAAUGUUUGUUAAAAUUAUAUUGUGUGCUGUCACUUUAAAAAUGAAAUAUAAUUACUGAUUUAAAGAGAAUUAAGUAACCAUUGUGAGAAGGAAAAAAAACUUUUAGACAUUUUAAACAAUGAUGUAUUUUAUGUUUUAUAUUAUUUUUUUUUAUUUUUUUUUUUGUCUGAGCAAAUUAGAUGAAUUUGUAAAGCACACAGAUCACUGCAUUAACAGAUAUGAUCUCAUUAUAGUAUUUAAAGACUUCCGAUUUGAUUUUCCUUGAGUGCUUUGAGAUGUUUAAUUACAUAUCCAUGUAGGGCUGAAAAAUUGCCUCUGUUUAUAUAUAAACUGUGUUGCUUUUGAUGUUGUGUUAUUGUGCACAAAAUGUGCACAGGUAAAGCACGAUAGGCUUGCAAGUUAAUUAGUGCUUCAGUUCAUUGUUUACGCUGGAAUUUUUUCUCCCCAUGGAAUGUAAGUAAAACUUAGUGUUUGUCACCAAUAAAUUGAUCUAAACAAAAUAUAAUUAAAUUAAA